GCUUUCCGUCAUGUCCAUCUGCCGCCAAUUAUAUUCGUUACACAAUGCGUUGCGGCAAAGCAGCGCGCUUCGUACCAUCCUUCCAAGAUCUUUAUCUUCUCAUGCAUUCACCUAUCACCCAAGUGAACCUAUAGAAAAUGCAGGAUCGACUGAACAAAUGAAUCUAUUUCAGGCGAUCGGAAAUGCCAUCUCAACGGUCCUAGAAACAAAGCCAAACUCUUGCGUGUUCGGCGAAGACGUUGGGUUCGGUGGUGUUUUCCGUUGUACCGUUGGUCUGAGGGAUAAAUUUGGCAAGCUUCAUUCCCAUAAAUAAUGUACUCUGUCUCUUUCGUUCAAGGACAAGACCGGGUGUUUAACACGCCCUUGUCAGAACAGGGUAUUGUGGGAUUUGCUAUAGGCCUGGCGGCAUCCGGUACUGUGGCAAUUGCCGAGAUUCAGUUCGCCGACUACAUUUUCCCGGCUUUUGAUCAGAUUGUGAACGAGGCCGCCAAGUUUCGAUACCGGUCGGGGAACUUAUUCGAUUGUGGUCGGCUGACCAUCCGAGCUCCAGUGGGAGCAGUUGGUCACGGGGCAAUAUAUCAUUCACAGAGUCCUGAAGGAUUUUUCGCACAUGUUCCAGGAAUAAAAGUUGUUUUUCCACGUGGUCCAGUCCAAGCAAAGGGACUUCUUCUGGCCUGUGCGGAAGAUCCAAAUCCCUGUAUUUUCUUCGAACCGAAAAUACUCUAUCGAGCUGCGCAAGAAGAGGUGCCCCUGAAACAUUACACGAUUCCGCUGGGAACCGCCGAAGUCGUUCGUGAAGCCGAAGUAUGGUUGGUCAUUGUACGUGACGCGGUGGCCUGCUUUCUCUGUGCACUUUUGACCGUUACGUUCACUUCCUCCGUAGGCAACGAUGUCACACUGAUCGCUUGGGGCACGCAAGUUCACGUGAUGCUUGAUACAGCAGCCGCUGCAGCUGAGUUAGGGGUGUCUUGUGAGGUGAUUGACUUGCGUACAAUCGUUCCUUGGGAUGAAGAAACGAUUUACAAGUCUGUUCGUAAAACCGGCCGCUGUGUGAUCGCUCACGAAGCUCCAUUAUCUUCCGGAUUCGGUGCCGAGCUGUCCGCGUCCAUUCAAGAAAACUGUUUUCUCAACUUGGAAGCACCAAUUGUUCGAGUCGCGGGUGCUGACACUCCGUUUCCACAUAUUUUUGAGGUGUUCUACCUGCCAGAUCGUCUACGGUGUUUGGAUGCCAUCAAACACGUGGUGAAUUUUUGAUACGUCAACUCCAAUCAACACAAUUUUGCGAUCCUAUCUAUCGUUUCCAAAUUCUACCCGCGGCGGUUGGCCUUUUAGCAUUGUCGCUGCGGACGAUUGGUCUCCACACCCCCGGUUCUCAAUUACACCUGAAAACAAUGUCUAUAUGCCUUUGUAUUCUUCCUGCUUGUUAUUUUUCUAGACAUAUUUUUUGAUUUCCUUGACUUUGCUCCCGAGUUAAACUUUAACCGGCACAUUUCGUUGAAUUCGCUCUUUGUGGGAUGGCUGAAUGUACGGAAUUCGAUGGUCCCGAUUUAUUCUGAUUACGUUUCCGAAAACUCAAAUCCAUUCCUCUGCUUGCUGAC